AUGCGCUCGUCAAUUGCAAGACGACCAGUGGCCUCGCCAUGCCUCCUUUGCAUGCUGCGGGCAACAGCGACGGCCGAACGAUCAAUACCUCGAACAGCGUCCCGGAGACGCUUCAAUCGCCGGGUCCACUCGAGUGCCAAUCGCCUGGCUGGUGAGAAUCUAGCAUCCAGGCCAGAGCCGGAAGAUGGAGGUCUGCAUGGUAUUCCGACAUCUCAGAAACCAUCUUCGUUUGCUGGCUUUGGAAGUAACCGAACGGCAUCAAUUGCUGCAUCUAAGUGGGGGAAGAAACCAACAAAACCGCUAGAAGAACCGGCACCUGCACCUGCACCUACAUCCGCUCCUGCACUGGCAUCUGUACCUCCUAAUCCUCCUGAACCACUGCAGGCCGAAAGAAAAAUCGGACAGCGGGAUCAAAUCGAUGGUCAUUAUCAUUUCCGACCUCCUACUCUACCCCAGGAACCUAUACAACAACCGAUUACCGUAGAACCCGUCAAUACCCAGGCAGAAUUAACUCCGGAGGUCGUAUCCCAGGAUACCCAAGCCCCCAGGAUCGAGUCCGUGGAAAUUCUGGAGGACGGUGUGAAUCUGCAAGUAGAAGCACAGAAUACGGAGUCGAUACACACCUCAGCAGAUCAAUUUGCCGUGGAAGUUACCGAAGCUUCUGUUAUUGAAAGUCAAGACGUACAAAAUACACCCUCUAUACCAGAUACUGAAGCUCUGACUGUGGAAUUUGUACCUCCUAUUGCUCAAGAAAUUUCAGCUACACCUACACAGAAGAUCCAUGGCAGUCAGGAGCUCCCAGUGACUGGUGCUGAAGCACCCACAGGCUUACAAGCUGAGUCUGAAGCUCUCGCUGGAACCUCCAUAGCGGAGCAACAAACUCAAACUAUCCCACUAGUUGAACCCGAGAUCGUCACCGUUGACUCGAAAGGCGCUGAAGCGAGCUUGGAUACAACAGCUCCCAUCAAUACUGCAGCUGAGUUACAGGAUAUCCAAGCGGCCCCAUUCUUGGAGACACAAGUUCCCAAAGUUUCUACAUCGGAGCCCCAGGCCACUGAGGAGCUAUCUUACAAUUCCACCCAAGCUCAUGAUUUGUCGACUCUACACGCAGAAACAGAUUUCACACCACCACCCCAGAAGCCAAUUAAGCCAGUCGAACCAACUCCUAUUCCUAGUACAGAGGCUGUUGCUCAAGUUCAAUCCAUUGCAUCAACAGCAAAUCCAAAACUUGUCGUCCAACAACCGUUGUCUUUCCUUGAUAAGCCUAUAAAUUCUCCAGAACCAGCCGCCGUCGCUCGAAAAUCCGCUCAUGGUUCGACGUCUAGUAUGAGUUGGGCACAAAGAGAACUAGCUGCAAUGCCGGCGCCUGCAACCUCCGGAAUUGGCAGAUGGGCUAGAGCAUCUGCAGAAGCCAAGGCUCCACAAGGACUAUCUUUCCAAUCGCCCGCGUCAGCAACCUCUCCCAUCGCACCGAAAGCCGGUAGCUGGGCAGCUGCAGCUGACAGUCAGGCUCGACAGAAUACAUCCGCUGAAGAUUUAAAAUUCCUUCGCAAGCAGCACGCACAAUCAUUGGCAACCUUCGAAAAGUCUGUAACCCCCCAGGAAUCGCUAACACGUAAUUCCGAAAUCAAAAGUAGAUGGCGAACGGCCGCGUCCGGUGUAGGGAAAUGGGGGAUCAGCACAAAGAAGAGCGUCUUUGCUGCUUCCGAUUCUAACGACAUUCUUGAUCAACUAAGUGGUAAAAGCACUACACCGGCUGCAUCUGGCGAUAGUUGGCAAAGGACAGGUGGACGGAGAACGUUUGGAGAAAGGGAUAAUUUUGGUGACGAUUUGCCUCAGCGAAGCUUCCAGGAAUUCAAAUCAGGCGGGAAUCGUUAUGGUUUGGGAAAUCUCGAAUUUGGAGAUACAAACCUGGUAGACGAGGCUCUCGCAGAGGCUGGAAUAACCGAUGAGGUAGUGGGAGGCGGAAAGAAAUCCAAGAAGGAGAGGCGACGAAGAGCGGAACUCGAGGCUAAAGCAGCACAAGAAGAAGCACAAGAUUGGAGUCGUCGAUCAUCAGCGAAAGAAAAGGAUAAAGCGAAACACAGUCGGCAGUGGGCAACUGAAGAUGAUCCAAUUGAAGAAGUUGAAAGUAAGGCCCAAAUGAAGGAACGGAAACGACUAGAGAGGGAGCAAAAGGCCAAGGAAAGGGCAGAGAUGGAGCAACAACUUCCACCGAUAUUGAUACCAGAGUUCGUUAGUGUUAACACACUCGCUCGUUUGUGCAAAGUUAAACUCGAACCUUUUACACGCAAAAUGGAGGAGUUGGGAUUUACAGAGACAAACCCAGAUCACGUCCUGAAUGCUGAGAUGGCUGGAUUAAUAUCCAUGGAAUACGGUUUUGAACCAAUUGUGGACAAGAGUCAUGAGCGUGAUCUGGUCGCUUUACCUGUCCCAGCGGAUAAGUCUGUGCUACCCCCACGCCCACCGGUCGUUACAAUCAUGGGCCACGUCGAUCACGGGAAAACUACAAUCUUGGACUGGUUACGAAAAUCAUCUAUUGUCGACCAGGAACACGGUGGUAUUACCCAGCAUAUCGGUGCCUUCUCGGUUAACAUGCCGUCUGGAAGAAACAUCACCUUCUUGGAUACACCUGGUCACGAGGCUUUCUUGAAGAUGAGAGAACGUGGAGCAAAUAUGACUGAUAUCGUCAUCUUGGUUGUUGCUGCCGAUGACAGUAUCAUGCCGCAAACGAUUGAGGCUAUCAAGCACGCGAAAGCAGCAGGUGUACCCAUUAUCGUUGCUAUCAACAAGUGCGAUAAAGAAGAUGCGGACUCGGAAAGAGUAAAGGCCGACCUUGCCCAGUACGACAUCCAGAUCGAAGAAGUUGGUGGAGAUACUCAGGUUGUGUGCGUAUCUGGAAAAACAGGAUUGGGAAUGGAGGAUCUUGAGGAAGCUGUAUUGCUACAGGCUGACGAUAUCGAUAUGCGGGCUGAUGCAACCGGACGUAUGGAAGGGUGGGUGGUGGAGACUUCGACCAAGGCUAAGGGACGUGUGGCAACCGUGCUGGUGAGGAGGGGUACGUUGAAGAAGGGAGAUGUGAUUGUAGCAGGUACAACAUGGGCGAGAGUGAGAAAUAUGAUCACGGACACUGGUGUGGAGCUCGAAGAGGCGCUUCCGGGUACACCUGUUGAGGUUGAUGGGUGGAGAGACCAACCAGACGCAGGUGAUGAAAUUCUGCAAGCAGUGACGGAGGACAAGGCGAAGUCUGUUGUCGAUUAUCGAUUAUUCAAGGAGGAGCGACUGCAGUUGGCAAAGGAUAUCGAAGCGAUCAACGAGGCGAGAAGGCUACAUCAUGAAAAGAAGGAACGAGAGGCACGUGUUAAAGCUCUACAAGAACAAGGCAUGGAUGCCGAAGAAGCAGCUGCUCAGGUCCCUGAGAUCAAACAAGACGAUAAAUUCAAGGUUCUUGAAGUCCCAUUCAUCAUCAAGGCAGAUGUGGCAGGAUCAGUUGAAGCAGUCGAAGCUCAAGUCCUCAGCGUUGCGAAUGAGGAAGCGCGAACAACAAUCAUCAGAACUGGUGUCGGCGCGCUUACAGAAUCCGACAUCAGAAUGGCAGAAAGCACAGGCGCUUGCUGUCUUUCAUUCAACGUUUCUAACGAUCCGGAUAUCAUGGCACUCGCACGUUUCUCUAACGUCAAGAUUAUUCAUCACACGGUCAUCUACGCGAUCUUGGACGACAUAAAGUCACUGAUGAGCGAGAAACUCAAACCUACUAUCGUCAAGACUGUGGUUGGUGAAGCAGAAAUUCUACAGGUCUUCCCAUAUAAUGUCAAGAAGAAGGUUAUGAGACCAUUUGCCGGAUGUAAGAUUUAUAGAGGAACAGUUACGAAGGGAUAUAAGGCGAAGAUUAUGAGGAAUGGUGAGACAGUAUAUGAUGGCACACUUGAGACUCUUAAGAACGUUAAGAAGGACGCCAAGGAGAUGACACAAGGUUCGGAGUGUGGUAUGGGAUUCUUGGACUUCGAUGAUUUCAAAGAAGGAGACAUCGUCCACUGCUACACCGAAGUUAAGAAGAAGAGGAUCUUCAACUAG